AUGGUGUGCAACACUGACGACCUGGACUUCCAUGUGCCCUCGCACGCCCAGGACAUGCUGGACGGCCUGCAACGCCUGCGCUCACAGCCCAAGCUGGCCGACGUCACGCUGGUGGUGGGCGACCGGGAGCUGCCCUGCCACCGCAGCCUCCUGGCGCUGAGCAGCCCCUACUUCCACGCCAUGUUCGCGGGCGACUUCGCGGAGAGCUUCCUGGCACGCGUGGAGCUGCGGGAUGUGGAGCCGGCCGUGGUGGCGCAGCUGGUGGACUUCGUGUACACGGGCCGGCUGACCAUCACCCAGGGCAACGUGGAGGCCCUGACUCGCACGGCCGCUCACCUCCACUUUCCCGCCGUGCAGAAGGUCUGCGGCCGCUACCUGCAGCAGCAGCUCGACGCCACCAACUGCCUGGGCAUCUGUGAGUUUGGGGAGCGGCAGGGCCUGCUGGGCGUGGCGGCCAAAGCCUGGGCCUUCCUGCGGGAGAAUUUCGAGGCCGUGGCGCAAGAAGAUGAGUUCCUGCAGCUGCCCCGCGAGCGGCUGGCCGCCUGCCUGGCCAGCGAGCUGCUGCAGGUGCAGCCAGAGCAGAGCCGCCUGGAGGCCCUGCUGCGCUGGGUCCGCCACGACCCCCCGGCCCGGGCCCCCCACCUGCCCGAGCUGCUCGGCCUGGUGCACCUGGACGCCCUGCCCCAGCCCCGCAUGCGGCAGCUGCUGGCCUCCGAGCCGCUGAUCCAGGCAUCCGAGGCCUGCCAGGCAGCUCUGUCCCAGGGCCACGGUGCGGUGCUGCUGGCCCUCCCUCAGAAGCUGGAGGAGGUCCUGGUGGUGGUGGGAGGGCGGGCCCUGGAGGAGGACGAGGAGGCUGGCGAGGAACCUGAGCCGCACCCCGCGAACUUCACCUUCUACAACACCAAGGCCAAGCAGUGGCUGGCGCUCCCCGACUUCCCCGACUACCACAAGUGGGGCUUCUCACUGGCGGCACUGAACAACAACAUCUACGUCACAGGUGGCUCGCGGGGCUCUAAGACGGACGCCUGGUCAACCACACAGGCCUGGUGCUUCCCGCUGAAGGAGGCGGCCUGGAGGCCCGUGGCGCCCAUGCUGAAGGCCCGCACCAACCACGCCAGCGCCGCUCUGAAUGGCGAGAUCUACGCCAUUGGCGGCACCACCCUGGACGCGGUGGAGGUGGAGAGCUACGACCCCUACACCGACAGCUGGACACCCGUCAGCCCUGCCCUCAAGUACGUCAGCAACUUCUCAGCCGCCGGCUGCCAGGGCCGCCUCUACCUGGUUGGCUCCAGCGCCUGCAAGUACAACGCACUGGCCCUGCAGUGCUACAACCCCGCCACAGACGUAUGGAGUGUCAUUGCCUCACCUUUCCUGCCCAAGUACCUGUCCUCACCACGCUGCGCCGCCCUGCAGGGGGCGCUCUACCUCAUCGGGGACAACACCAAGAAGGUCUACGUGUACGACCCUGGGGCCAACCUGUGGCAGAAGGUGCAGCCCCUACACUGCCUGCAUGAGAACGGUGCCCUGGUGCCUCUGGGGGACGCACUCUACGUGACGGGUGGCCGCUGGCAGGGCAUGGACGGUGACUACCACGUGGAGAUGGAGGCCUACGACCGCGCGUGUGACACCUGGACCCGCCACGGUGCCCUGCCCCGCCUCUGGCUCUACCACAGCGCCUCGGCCGUCUUCCUGGACGUGGCUCGGUGGACCCAGCCCUUUGGUGGCACUCUGGAACACUAG